UCUGAGAAGCCAGACCGUGGCCAAUCAGCGCGCAGAGGGCGGGUGGAGCGGCGACAGCGAAGACAUCUCCUGGUGUACCACAGUCACGGAGGAUCCGUGAGGGAUACCGAGAGCGGUACCGGCAGUGUUUCCUCAGAUCAAGAAACCUGGUUUUAUCAACAUCGAGAGCUCCUCGUCUCAAAAUGGACUCCAUCUCCUUGAUGGGCAGCAGUCCUGCCUGCAAGGUUUCUUUCCUUCCUAACGGAUUGAAGAACGGGCCCAGGGACGGCUCCAGUAAGCUCUCGGUGGCUAUCAUUGGCUCUGGGGAUUUUUCCAAGUCCUUAGCUAUUCGUCUGCUGUGUAGCGGCUUCCAUGUGGUGGUGGGCAGCCGACAGCCCAAGCGGGCAGCUGAGUUUUUUCCUCAUGUGGUAGAUGUGACCCAUCACGAGGAUGCAGUGGGCAAAGCCCCCAUUAUUUUCCUGGCUAUUCACAGAGAGCACUACUCUUCCCUCUGGGACAUCAAGCACCUGUUAGCUGGCAAAAUCUUAGUGGACGUCAGCAACAACAGGAGGUCGAACCAGUAUCCAGAAUCCAAUGCCGAGUACCUUGCCUCCCUCUUCCCAGAGGCCAAUGUGGUGAAAGGGUUUAACGUUAUCUCGGCAUGGGCUAUGCAGUCAGGCCCUAAAGAUGCUAGUCGACAGGUGUAUAUCUGCAGUAAUUCGGUGGAAGCGAGGCAGCAGGUCAUCGAGUUGGCGCGGCAGCUCAGUUUCAUUCCUGUUGACAUGGGCACGCUCUCCUUGGCAAAGGAAAUAGAGAACAUGCCGUUGCGGCUGUUUUCAGACUGGAAAGGUCCUGUCCUAACGGCUGUUGCCCUUUCUAUCUUCUUCUUUGCCUACUCUUUCAUCCGGGACAUCAUUCAUCCAUAUAUGAAGAACAGGCAAAGCUUUUUUUAUAAGAUCCCUCUGGAGAUGGUCAACAGGACACUGCCUGUGGUGGCUAUAACCCUGCUGGCGCUGGUGUAUUUAGCAGGUCAACUCGCUGCAGCACACCAGCUCUUUUACAACACCAAGUUCAGGCGCUUUCCCUUCUGGUUGCAGGGCUGGUUACAGAGCCGCAAGCAGCUGGGCCUGCUCAGCUUUUACUUUGCCUGCAUCCAUGUGCUCUACAGCCUCUGCUUACCAAUGAGGAGGUCUGAGAGAUACCUGCUACUCAAUAUGGCCUACCAGCAGGUGCAUGCCAACAUAGAAAACUCAUGGAACGAGGAGGAAGUGUGGAGAGUAGAGAUGUACGUGUCUUUCGGUAUCAUGAGCCUUGGCUUGCUCUCUCUCUUGGCUGUCACGUCCAUUCCCUCAGUGAACAGCACCCUCAACUGGCGAGAGUUCAGCUUUAUCCAGUCCACGCUUGGCUAUAUUGCCCUGCUUAUUGCCACGCUCCACGCACUGCUGUUCGGCUGGAAGCGAGCAUUUGAAGAGGAGUCGUAUCGUUUCUACAUGCCGCCCACCUUCAUAGUAGCCGUUGCUCUGCCUGUCACGGUGAUUGUUGGUAAAGCUGUGCUAAUGAUGCCUUGCGUGGCCUGGAGGCUGAAGAGAAUCCGCAGAGGCCGUGAUGACAGUCAGCAUCAUGCUGGUCGUGAGAGACCUGCGGCUCAUGUUUCCCCAGAGAGAGUCACCAUUAUGUAGCUGUAUCUGUUCUACUCUAAUAGCACAGUAAUAACUCUGCCUCAUUCCCACUGUGCAGUGCCCAGAUGUCUCACGUGUCCCUGCUCUGUCCAAUAGAAGCAACUGUUUGUAGAGACACAAGGAGAAAAGGAUUGUAAUACCAUGAAAAAGAUGUAAUACCAUAUAGUUGUUUUUUUCCCCCUGCCAUCAUGUGGCACUAACGUAUUAAAUGAUGUCUUAAAUUUUC